UAAAGAUUUCUACCAUAUGUGAGUGGCGUUGUAAUGAUUUGCUCAAAUAUUAGUUGAAGUUUGGUCGGCACCCGAUAACUUUUCUUUUCGUUAUACCUUUAGAAAUAAUUUGUAAUUUUGUGUUUUAUUCAGUGAUUCAACAAUAACUUGCAUUCAAACGCAAUCAAUUUCGAAUUUAGUUCGGAAUUUGGUUACUUAGUGUUGCCUUCGUAGUAUUUAGUAUAACAAAUAGUCAUAAUGCCAAAAAGUCAAUUAUUUUGUUUGAUUGCAUCCGCAAUUGCCAUCGCCAUUGUAAUGCAAACCACAGAAGCUUUCUCAUUGAGCACGGCAAAAAGUGCAGAAAUCACUUCAGACACCGCAAUGGACAAAACAGAAUUAUUCCAAGGACGAACAUUUGGCCGAAUCAAACGCAUGUUACCAAUGCUCCUCAUACCAAUCGCUUACAAAAUGGGCGUUUUCUCCGUCGUAAUUGGCGUCAUUCUCGCCCUCGUGAUAAAAAGUGUGAUGAUCGGCAAGGCAAUUCUCUUCCUGAAUUUGGCUUUUGCGAUUUUCAAACUUGGUUCGUUGUUCAAAAAACCCCAUUCUUACGGCAGUGAAGGAUGGGAUCACAAGAAAAACAUUCACAUUCACUUGCAUGGCGCUCAAGCAGGUCAUCAAACUCCAUGGAGCAUGCCGCCCGAAUACCAUGCAACGUACUCGAAUAUAGCGACGACGUAG